UCGAGACCGAGCUGCCACUGCCGCCUCCCCUUCUGCCCCCCCGCCCCCAUUCCGUGCGCCUCCCACACCCUCCUCCCCUUCUUCCAGCAUCUCUCGGUGGAGCACUUCAGGGACUCGGCCCGGGCUGCCGUCUCCCCGACCCGGGGGAAAGCUGUGACCCCCCCCGCAGGAGCGGCGGGGCGGGGUGGGGGGCCCGGGAGAAGAUGGCGACGCCGGGAAGCGAACCCCAGCCUUUCGUCCCUGCCCUGUCAGUGGCUACUCUGCACCCCCAUCAUCAUCCCCACCCCCACCACCAUCAGCACCACGGAGGAGCCGGAGCCAGCGGCGGCGGCGGCGGCGGCGGCGGCGGCGGCGGCGGGGGCUUCAACCUGCCCUUGAACCGGGGGCUGGAGCGCGCGCUGGAGGAAGCGGCCAACUCCGGGGGGUUAAACCUCAGUGCUAGGAAACUGAAGGAAUUUCCCAGGACGGCGGCCCCCGCGCACGACCUCUCGGACACGGUGCAGGCAGAUUUAUCUAAAAACAGACUGGUUGAAGUUCCAAUGGAAUUGUGCCAUUUUGUAUCACUGGAAAUUCUUAAUCUGUAUCAUAAUUGUAUCAGAGUCAUUCCAGAGGCCAUCAUUAAUCUGCAGAUGCUGACUUACUUAAAUUUAAGUCGGAAUCAGCUGUCCGCCCUGCCUGCCUGCCUGUGUGGUCUGCCUCUCAAAGUCUUAAUUGCAAGUAACAACAAACUUGGAUCGCUGCCUGAAGAGAUAGGUCAGCUCAAACAGUUAAUGGAGUUGGACGUCAGCUGCAACGAGAUCACAGCCUUGCCUCAGCAGAUAGGGCAACUGAAAUCCCUACGAGAACUGAAUGUCAGAAGAAAUUACCUUAAAGUUUUACCACAAGAACUAGUAGAUCUUCCCUUGGUAAAGUUUGACUUUUCCUGCAAUAAAGUGCUCGUGAUUCCCAUUUGUUUUAGAGAGAUGAAGCAGCUGCAAGUAUUACUGCUUGAGAAUAACCCUUUGCAGUCUCCUCCAGCACAGAUUUGCACCAAGGGCAAAGUGCACAUAUUUAAGUAUCUGAGCAUCCAAGCAUGCCAGAUUAAGACAACCGACUCCCUUUAUCUCCACACCAUGGAGAGGCCACAUUUACACCAGCACGUGGAAGAUGGCCAAUGCAUAUUUAUACAUCAGCGUCUCAAACACUUUUGGAAUAAAAAAGGGAAAAUUGAUGCUGUUGACAACAUUUUGGCAUCUUUCAGGUUUCAUCUGCCUCUCCUAAUCAAGAGUCAGUCCUUCCUGAGUGCAACAUAUGUCAAGAAGGAUUCUGACUCGGGCGUUGGGAGUGAUAAUGGUGACAAGCGAUUAUCUGCCACAGAGCCUUCUGAUGAAGACACCAUUAGCCUCAAUGCGCCAAUGUCAAAUAUCAUGGAAGAAGAACAGGUCAAGGAGGACUCCUGCCAUCGCCUUAGUCCAGUUAAAGGGGAAUUUCAUCAGGAAUUUCAACCAGCGCCUUCCCUUGUGAGUGACAAUGAGAACUCAGGAGAAGAAAGAGACCAUUCCCACGGAACAGACGUUCUCCAUUCGGAAUUUAUAAACUAUAUUAAGGAAAGGACUGAGGCCUGUGAAGAACUGUUACGGAUAGAAGAGGACGCGCACUGGCCAUCCGAGGGGAUAGUAAGUUCAUCCAAAGACCAGGACAUGAAUAUAGCAAUGAUUGAACAGCUGAGAGAAGCAGUGGAUUUGCUGCAAGAUCCCAGUAGAUUAAGCACAGAUAUUUCAGAGAGAAGUGUUGUAAACUUUUACCCUGUGGACUCAGCAGAAGACUUAGAAUUACAAGACUCUGCACUAAAUGGUCAAAUACAGUUGGAGACAUCUCCAGAAUGUGAGGUGCAAAAUGAUCUAACAUUACAGAGUAAUGGGAGCGAGUAUUCUCCCAAUGAGAUGAGAGAGAACUCCCCUGCCGUCUCUCCUACCAACACCAGCACAGCUCUGUUUGGCCUGAAGCCUCGAUCAGUGUUUCUCAGACCACAGAGAAAUUUGGAAUCUAUAGACCCACAGUUUACAAUUCGGCGGAAAAUGGAACAGAUGAGAGAAGAAAAAGAACUGGUGGAACAGCUCCGAGAGAGCAUCGAGAUGAGACUCAAGGUCAGCCUGCACGAAGACCUGGGGGCUGCCCUCAUGGAUGGCGUCGUCCUCUGCCAUCUAGUCAACCACAUCCGCCCACGAUCCGUCGCAAGCAUCCAUGUCCCCUCACCAGCAGUUCCUAAACUUAGCAUGGCCAAAUGCAGAAGAAACGUGGAAAACUUUUUGGAAGCAUGCCGAAAAUUAGGAGUACCAGAGGCUGACCUCUGCUCUCCGUAUGACAUCCUGCAGUUGGAUUUUCGUCACAUUCGAAAGACUGUUGACACUCUGCUGGCACUCGGGGAGAAAGCCCCACAACCAACUUCUGCCCUCCGCUCCAGGGACCUUAUAAGCUUCUGUCUUGUCCAUAUUCUCUUUGUAGUGCUGAUCUAUAUCACUUACCGCUGGAAUGUUCUGUCUGCAUAAUGCCCGCAUGUGCAUCUCUACACUCUGCUCUGUCGCCCUGCUCCAUGACAGGGUCCUUCCUCCCUCUGGGCCUUUGCCUUGCAAACUUCCAUCCCUGUCAUCUCUUCAGUAAUCUCUGGAGUUUUGAAG